AUGGACUUUAAAACCCACUUGUAUCAUAGGUCCAAGCUUAGUCUUGACACACUCCGCCUACCACUCAUUGACCUCUCCACACCCCGCACUGUCACAAUGCUUGAUGGGUCAAGCCCCCAGGCUGGCAAAAUCUGGAAGAAGGCUACUCUAAACUUCUCUUUGGAUGGUAAACAAAUGACUGAGACCUUCCUAAUCUGCAACACAGGGUCUCACACUGCCAUCCUAGGAUUGAAGUGGCUAGACGCCCAUAACCCAGAAAUCAACUGGAAUCUACGCACACUCUCCUUUCCGCAUGCCCUGCCGGAACACAUGGCCAUUGCCAAGGAAGAAGAAGCUGAUCAAAACCCCCUCAAAGGAGUACCCUCCCAAUACCACCAAUACGCUAAGGUAUUUGGAGAAGAAGAAUUCAAUAAGCUCCCUCCCCAUAGGCACUACAACAUUGGAAUUGAGCUUACAGAAGAAGGGCCCCUCAACUCUCCCCUUUACAGUAUGACAGACGCCGAGUCCGCCACACUCAAGGACUGGCUCAGGGAUGAGUUAAAAGCUGGGAAAAUCUGUCCCAGCAAAUCCUCAAUUAGCUCUCCCGUCAUGUUUGUUCCCAAGAAGGAUGGUUCCCAACGCCUGGUAGUUGACUACCGCCGCCUGAACAACUGGACAAAGAAAAACGUCUAUCCCCUUCCCCGUCCAGAUGACCUCAUGGCCCAGCUCCGUGGCGCCAAGGUCUUUACUAAACUAGACCUACGUUGGGGAUAUAACAACGUCCGUGUAAAAGAAGGUGACAAAUGGAAAACUGCCUUCCGUACAAAAUACGGCCUAUACAAGUCCCUAGUCAUGACCUUUGGCUUAACCAACGCCCCCGCUGCCUUCCAACAUUUUAAGAACAAAUUGUUUAAAGACCUGUUAGACGUUUGCAUCAUCAUUUACCUUGAUGACAUCCUGAUCUACUCUAAGGAUGACGCAACUCAUACACAACACGUUCAUGAAGUCCUGCAACGGCUAUUGGAGAACCAACUAUUCUGUAAGGCAUUGAAGUGCACAUUCCACGUCAAUUCUGUGGAAUACCUGGGAAUCAUUGUCUUGGACAAGGGUUUUAGCCUGGAUAAACUCAAGAUCCAGGCAGUGCAGGAAUGGCCAAUCCCCUCAAAGGUUAAGGAGGUCCAAUUGUUCCUAGGAUUUGCCAACUUCCUCCGUCAGUUUGUUGCCAACUUUAGCCACAUGGCCAGGCCAUUGCAUAACCUGGUCAAGAAGGACACGCCCUGGAAUUGGGGUAGCAAAGAACAGGAAGCCUUCCAGGGACUGAAAAACGCCAUCACCAAUGCACCUGUACUCUGCCACGCCAAUCCCACCAAACCCUACUUCCUUGAGACAGACGCCUCAGGGGCUGCCCUGGGAUCCAUACUGAGCCAACGACAGGAAGACGGCCGGUUGCAUCCACUUGGCUUCCUGUCCAAGUCAUUCAAAGGAGCGGAGCAGAACUACGAUACACAUGACAAGGAGCUGUUAGCAAUCAUCUGCUUGUUUGAGUACUGGCGCAUCUUUCUGGAAGGAACCCUGCAUCCCAUCACCGUGUUCACCAACCACAGGAACUUAGAGUAUUGGAAAGAAUCUAGAACGUUCAAUUGCCGCCACGCACAAUGGCACCUCCUCCUGGCCGGUUACAACUUCCAAAUUGUAUAUAGACCCGGGAAACAGUCAGGGAAGCCAGAUGCCCUAUCACAACAAUCAGACCAUGCCAAUAUUCCACCAGAACCCCAGUCCAUGCUACCAGAACUGGUAUUUGCUAACAUUGCCCUGGUGACCCCUGAGAAGGAACUACAACACCAAAUCAAGUCCUCCCUAGACCAAGACGAGUCUCUGGAAGAAAUCCUACAGUUCCUACAAAACAAGUCCAAGGCACCACCCUCCAUUAAACGCGCAUUUAGAGAUUACAAGAUGGAGGCCGGCCUGCUAUUUUACCAAGGACAAAUUGUAGUACCAGAUGUAGGGACCCUAAGGACAGACCUACUUUGGAUCUUCCACAAUAGCCCAUUGGCGGGUCACCCAGGCAGACAGCGGACCCUAGAGUUGGUAUCCAGAUCUUACUACUGGCCUGGCAUCCGUGCUGACACGUACUGGCACGUUGACUGUUAUGGAAUGACUAAUUUAGACAUAUGCGCCCCUAAUUGCCAAUAG